AUGUUACUACCCCGAGUGCAGGCCUACGCAGCUAACAAACUUCUGCACGCUUGGCGUAAAUCGGACGAUCGCAUAAACAAUGAACUGAACGCAGCUCUGCCUACCGCUUCCUUCUCUGAAUCUGUUGAUGCCGCAAAGCAGUGUUCCCUGUUUUUUGAUAAGUUGACUGAGCUACACAAGCGCCGAUUCACAGCCAUCAAGCGUUGCAUUGACGUCUCAACAAAUCGUGUAAACGAUCUUAAACAGAGGUACGAAAAGGACCCCACUUCCACAAUUUUACCUGCUGCCAUUCGGAAGGAGCAGUUGCAGUUACGUCAAUUCAAAUCGGAGACCCUGGAAGAGGAGAUCAUUCAGAACGCUGCUCUGAAGGUGCUCUAUGAACGCUGUCGGGAUCACUUCAGCAGUCCAAUGUUUGAAAAGUUCAAGUAG